CUGCAAUUCUCGAAAAUCAAAUGAGGAUAUAGACAAGAUCAUUGAUAGAAUAAUUAUUAAGAGGACAGAAAUAAUUUAAAAUAGAAAUGAAUUUAAUAUCUUUUCUUUGCAAUGUAUAAAAAAUUUCAUGCCUUCCAUUCAACCAUCCUAAGCUAAAUUGAAAUUAAAGCAUAACCUGGAUGAAGAACAUUGCUACCUAAUGAAGAAUAAAAAUGUAUUAGUGAUCCAGUCGUUUCUCCUGCCACGGUUGGCAUAGGGAACUGGUAUCUGCUUUCGCGGCAAAACAACAAGGGACGUUGCAUUGUGUUAUCGCUUUGUUAUGUUCUUUUUAGUAGCCGACAAUGAACGCAUUUUGGCACCAAAAUUUGAAUAUGAAUAGAAUACCAUCAAAACUUAUACCAGUUAUAUAUUGAAUUCGGUUUUUCUGUUUACAUUGUAAUCAUUCAACGCUUCCCUAAGUUAUCUGGAAAAAAAAAUUUAGGUUUUUUUUUAAUUGCAUUCGAUGGUGAAACCUUUUUCAGUCAGAUGCAAAUGCUGACACAAUGACAAGCUUUAAAAAUGGUGUGUGCUCUUGUAUAUGUCUCUUUACAUAUUUCUAUAUUUCAAUAUAUUUAUUUACAGAUAUAUUGAUAUGGAUGUAUAGAUACGUGGUGAAUGAUCGUGAACAUUAAAAAGAAUUAGACAGAAGCAAAGCAAUAUUCAAACUCAUCAAUUAUUUGGUAUGAUGUAAACUUUCCUUAAGUUGUCCCAAGAGUCAAGUUUGGUGAUAAUUGGCCAAACACCUCUAUGCCAACAAAACAAAAGUAAUUAUACAACAAACCCGCUUAAUUAUUCUACAAGUCCAUGUUCAACAACACCACUCUUAAAUCGCAAGUGCAACCAUGUUGGAAGAGCUGGCAUGGGUCUUUCUAGCAGUAAUCGUUGUUAAAUUGAUCUUGGAUCACUUUACUGCCAACAAAAAUCUUCCACCUGGACCAUUUCCGCUCCCGAUCAUUGGUAAUGCGCACAAAUUGGCCGCUGAUUCACGCCAUAUUGACCUUAUGAAACUUGAAAAACAAUACGGCAAAGUAUUUCGUUUGUAUCUCGGUAAUCAGCUCGUGGUAAUCGUUAGCGGUGGAGAAGCGCUGAAAGAAGUUCUCGUCACAAAAUCGGCCGAUUUCGCUGGACGUCCGAAUCUCUACACCUCACAGGUUUAUUCAAAGGGAAAGGCAAUCGCGCUGGCAGAUUAUUCUCCGGAAUGGCGACUGCAUCGCAAGAUUGCUGUCUCUGCGCUCAAGAUGUACAGCAACAACAGAAUAAACCAAGGAUCCGUAAUCAAUGAAGAGUUUGAUCUGCUGUUAAAAAGGGUCCAUGCCAGAAAUGGUCAACCACAUGACAUCACAAGAGAGAUACGACUGGCUGUGACGAAUGUGGUUUGUGCUGUAGUGUUCGGUUCGAGAUUCGAACUUGACGACCCGGAGUUCACAAAGUUCUUAGACAUCACCAAUGCUUUGGCGAAGAUGGUCGCGGCUGGGAGCAUUGUGGACGUUUUUCCUUGGCUCGGUUGGAUCCCAUUUAAGUCUCUUCAGAAUCUAAGGGAAAAAUGCAAGGAACGAGAUGAGCUUCUAGGAAAGAAAUUUGUUGAACAUGUGGGGGCGAACAGAGUGUUACAUCCACAAGACCUGACAGAUUCGUUAUUGAAGGCAAGAAAGGAAGCUGAGGACGAAGACUCCGCUGUCAAAGGAUUCCUCUCUGACGAACACCUAAUUAUGACCAUGAGCGACAUCUUUAUUGCUGGAAUGGAGACCACUGCAAGCACCUUGUGUUGGGCACUGAUACACUUGAUUCACAACCCUGAGGUCCAGCAGAUGCUGCAUCAAGAGCUGGAUCACGUCAUUGGCCCGGAUCGUUUGCCAGAACUAGGAGACAAGAAGAAUCUUCCGUAUGUAGAGGCGACCAUUACAGAAACUCUGCGCAUCUCCUCUCUUGUACCUUUGUCAGUUCCUCAUAAGGCAACAGUAGACACCUCUCUGCAAGGAUACUGUGUUCCAAAGGGAACCACAGUUUUAACUAAUCUAUGGUCCAUUCACCACGAUCCGGAUAUCUGGGAUGAACCAUACAGCUUCAGGCCUAAAAGAUUUCUUGAUGAAAAUGGCAAUUUCGCUGCACCAUCAUUUGACCGUUUCCUGCCCUUUUCUGCGGGGCGCCGUGCCUGCUUAGGAGAGCCUUUGGCACGGAUUGAGCUUUUUCUGGUCUUUGCACGUUUGUUGCACAACUUCAGGUUUGAGAAUCCGCCCGGAUUUGAUCUUCCAUCCGUUGAACCCAUCGUAGGAAUCGUUCUGCAACCACAACCGUUUAAAGUCUGUGCUCUGAAAAGAAGAGAUGUCACGCAUUCCAAGUCAUGAAAAGAAAAAUAGUUCGUGUGUUUCUUGUUUGUAUAAAGGUUGACAAACUAUUUGACAGCAGGGUUAAACCAUUGUGUGGUAUAUUAGCUAUGUAUUUCCAUUGCAUUCAGUGAGAAACUUUUCAUCUCAAGAAUGCCUGACUCAUGAUGAAGCCAAGAGAAAGUACUUCAAACGGUCUAUGUUCUCUUGUCGAAAUAUGGAAGGUUUCACUGUACAUAUAUAUAUAUAUAGUAAAGUUAAUGGCUGUUGAUUUUACCGAUUCUUUUUUUCCAAUACAAAUCUUUAUUUACGACGUAUAUUACUUGCGAUACAUAAACUCUAUUACAACACGUUAUUUACACGCACUCAUUUCCUAACAACACAUUCCAUAAGUUACACUACUUCAAUGAGCUGCGUACAUUGAAAUCCUAUAAUUAUUACACUGUUUACAAUGUUUACAUUAAUCGAAUACUGCAUUUCUGACAUUAGUAACAUCAAUUUCAUUAU